AUGGCCCUCGUAAAGAUCUGCGGUUUGCAAAGUUUGGAGGCUGCGGAAACGGCAGUAAACAAUGGAGCUUCAUUAGUGGGUGUUAUUAUGGUCCCUGGCCGGGAACGAACGGUGAAACAAGAGGUUGCGAGGGAAAUUUCGCAGAUGGUGCGGGAAAAGAGAAUUUCAAAGGGCUCAAAAUACUUGGAUUCCAGACAACUGAGGAAAGAGUGGGACGACUGUCCUCUGGAAGACUGGUUUGAGUACAACGUGAAAGAAAUAAACAGCAGUGGUCCAUUUUUAGUUGGAGUUUUUCGUAAUCAAAGUAUAGAUGAAAUCCAGCAAGCUAUCCACACUCAUGGUUUGGAUUUCGUCCAACUACAUGGGUCUGAGGAUUUUGAUUCGUAUAUACGCAAUAUCCCAGUUCCUGUGAUUACCAGAUACACAGAUAAUGCCGUCGAUGGUCUUACCGGAGAAGACCUCGCUAUAAAUAGGGCCCUGGUGCUACUGGACAGCGAGCAAGGAGGUGAAGGAAAAACCAUCGAUUGGGCUCGUGCACAAAAAUUUGGAGAACGUAGAGGAAAAUAUUUACUAGCCGGAGGUUUGACACCUGAUAAUGUUGCUCAUGCUCGAUCUCAUACUGGCUGUAUUGGUGUUGACGUCUCUGGUGGGGUAGAAACAAAUGCCUCAAAAGAUAUGGACAAGAUCACACAAUUUAUCAGAAACGCUACAUAA